GACACUCCUGUCUCUUGGACUGGCGCACAACUUUUGCUGGCAGAAGCAUGUGAGGAUGGUGAGGUGUUGACUGGUCACAGGGGAACGGGAACACAGGACAGUUGGAUUGGACAUGUCAGCCAGGUGGGACCGAGACGCCGGCAGUCGUGGGAACCAGAGAAAAAUCUCUCCAGAGGGCGAGCAGCACCGGGAGGUGGCGGAGAAAUCAAACCGACACAGCAGAACGGUGCGUGGUUUCUCCAGAGAUGCUGCAAGUCUAAAGGGAACUGCGUCAGCAUGCGAGGAAAACUUCCCCACAGCUCUGCCAGUGCUGCUGGAUGUGGUCAGGGGUCCUGACCGCCUUCCUGCAGAUGAGGAGUCACAGGAAAUGCUGAGAGGGAAACUGCGCAUUCUGCAAGCUGACAGCACCGAGGUCAACGCUCUAUUCAUGGAGCUGUCCACUAAUCUCAUCUCCAUCAACAGUGAAGAAAAAGUGAUUCUUGUGACAUUCAAAACAUUUGAGGAAAUAUGGAAGUUCACCACAUAUUACACUCUAGGUUUCCUGGGUCGGUGUAUGGAGAAUUUGUUGUUAGACCAGAAAUUCUGGCUCAAUUCUUUGGAGGAAGACAUCGCAAUCGAGGUUUCCAUUCAGGAGGAAACUCUUAACCUGAUCUACAAAGGCAUUCUCAUGCAGGAAGGUUCAUUGUUUGCUAGUUGUAGUACCAACCAGAUGUUUGACAGCUCCACCUCUGGAGGUGACCUGUACCUGGAGCAGGGAGAUAUAGCCCAGUUUGAGCCUCCCUUCCUGGGCUCAGGAUGGACAGUCCUCUGCCUGGCUGACGGAGCCAGAGGGACAGCACCCAAACCUGCUCUGGAGCUGGUCGUCCCUUUUUAUCAAUGGUUUCUCAAAUCCUGUGCAGAGAGCAUUUUAGUUGGUGAUGGGAAACCUGCCUGUGACUUCCCUCUGCAGUUUGCCAGAGGAACCUGUCUGGCCACAGAGGAGUAUGAUGCUGAGGGCCCAGAUGAGCUGAGUGUGGCAUCCGGCGAUCGCAUCAUCAUUGUGGGGCUUCUGGUGUCCUGCUUUGAUUGGUUCACAGGGAGGAAGGAGGCGACAGGAGAAGUGGGUCUGGUCAAGACAAGCCUAGUGAAACCAUCCACGGACAUUUACAACUCAGAAGAUAUCUUUUUGGACAGAGAGGACAGGACAUUCUUCAGUCUGCAAGAAGGCAAAGUCAUAAAGGAAACAACUGCCUUAUUGAAGGAGAAAUCUCAAAACGAUAUUGGUCAUAGCUACAAACUGGAUAUCAUCAGUGACCAAGACUCUGAGAAAAAAAAAUCAUGCAGCUCUUCAGGCAAAGUUGAUUUUCAGCAGCAGACUGGCCUGAAGAGAAAUAUUCAGAGAAUUCUUGAUCAAGGAAAAGACUCACUACCAGAUUCCAAAGUGACCAUAAACGGGACACUUGGGGACUUGGUCCUGGCCACAGAGGACAAAAACCCAAGCUCUCCCUGUUUCACUGUUCAUCCUGUUGUAGAAGGAAACAACAACACUGAGAACUUCAUUCCUCUCUUCUCUUUUUUGGAUGGACAAGACUACAAAAUAGAGUUUGGCAUUUUGUAUGGACUAAGUUCGGAAGUCCUCACCUCCUCCACCUUUACUGGUCACUCAGACGAGGAUGAGCUGAUUUCCUUCCUGGGCGUUGCUAGGGAAACGGCCAGGAAGAAGCGACUCUUUUGGUCACAGACGCGUUUGUGCUUCCUGUUGGGUAAGCUCUGUGCCGGGAGGUCAAAGUUCAGCCAGGCCCGGGUUUACUUUGAGGAAGCCCUCAGUGUGCCACGAGAAGGCUUCAUGGAUCUCAGGCUAUUGGCCAGCAUCUACUCCAACCUGGUUGCCAUAUAUCUUUUGCAGAAAAAUACUGAAAGUUUCUUUGCUCUGACAGAGCGGCUUGUUGCCUUGCUAAUGGGAAUCCCAGACUGCUUGGAAUGCUUAGAGGACAACUCUGCUCUUAAAUACAUCCUCAAGAAAGCUGUUCUCUCUCACAACCAAAUGGCAGAGGCCCGGGCUUGUCAUCUAUUGGCUAAGCACCACUGGAUUCGUUCUGAGGGGGUGAAAUCUGUUCCUUACCUUGAGAGACUGCUCGUUCUUUGUGCUGAAGCUCAAAGAACAUGGGGCAUCUCUACCAGUCAUGAAUACCUGUCCCUGGGAAGGCUCUACAGCAAACACCGACUUCCCCACCUCGGUGUUAGUUCAGCCAGGAGAGCUUCUCUGCAGCCCUCUGCUACACUGACGGACUGCCUUAGCAGCAUGGUUCUAGUUUUGGACGAUAUCAAUAGACUGUAUGGGAUUACAGAACAGGAAGCCUCCAUCCCACCUCAAGUGGCUCCAUAUUUACAUCAAGCCCUCUCUUCUAGCAAAGUCCAAGGAGGGGGAAGUGAUCAAUACCAUGUUUUGAGCCACCAGCUUACUCUUUGCCUCUGCCAACUCUUUUGCAAGCACAGAAUGGUUGGACAUGCUAUCAGCCAUAUGCAUACUCUCAUAAACGACAAUCCUCCCUCACAGCGACUCCCCAUUUCUGUUCCAGAAAGAAACAGUGCCCUCAUCUGGCUGGCAUGGCUUCACAUUGACAACAAUCAGCCAAAUGUUGCUUUGGAUAUCCUGGACUCUGUCCUAGCUUCCAUGCCAGAACACUGCACUACCCCUCAGGAAGGUGUGGUCCUCAACAUGCGUGGUGUGGCCCUUCGAUGCAUGGGUGACAUUCGGAGGGCAGCAGAGAGCUACCAGGCUGCUGUUGACAUCUGCCAAGAGUAUGAGGAUAUGCCAAACUGGGCUGUUGCUCAGGCUAACCUAGGGUUGUUAUGUCUGAAGGCUGGAGCUAAAGGACUAGCGCAAAGACACCUGACUGAGGCUGUGCAGCUCUUCUCUGAGUUGGAUGAAGAAGGUCAUGAGGCAAACUUCAUCACAGUGCUGCUGGAGCUGGGACAGCACUAUGUUAAGCAGCACCAGCUGGACUACGGGAAAGGAUGCUAUGAAUGGGCCCUGCUGCUAGCUAUCAGCGCCAACCUGUUAGACUGCCAGCUCACUGCAACCCAACACCUGUGCCAUCUGUAUGGGUGUGAGAGUCCAGACCAGGCCCAGUGUAUCAUCUACAGUCAGCACCAGGUCCAGCUGCUGAGACACACAGGAGACAGAGGACAGGAGGGGGAUGCACUGGAAGCCAUCAGCCAGCUCUACCUCACACUGGGCACAGAGAGGGCGUACAGGGCAGCUCUUGACUACACCAAGAGCAGUCUGGGUAUUUCUAUCGACCUGGGCUGCAGGGAGAAGGAGGCGUAUGGCUGGCUGCAAGCUGGGAAGAUCUAUCACCUGGUGAACCAGACUGAACUGGUGGACCUUUAUAUUCAGGCAGCUCAGGAUGUUGCUCUGAGUACAGGAGACACCGGGUUCAUUCUGAAGCUUCUGGAAGCUGCAGGAGACAUUUUCUUCAACAGCAACCAAGACCGGGACAAGGCCAUCACCUUCUAUAGGGACCGUGCUCUGCCCAUCGCAGUGAAGAGCAGCAGUAUACGUUCCAGGCUCAGGCUGUGUAAUAAGCUGACUGAACUGAUGCUCAGUCUCAAGCUGUAUGAGGAAGCUGUGGAGUUUGCUCAGACUGCACUGGACAUCAGUAUCACUCUGGGUGAGCGUCUGAAUGAGCGAGUGGCUUACCAUCGUCUGGCCUCUCUGUACCACCGUCUGGACCAGUAUGAACUGGCUGAACACUAUUACCUAAAAACCCUGACCCUCUGUCCAGCACCUCUGCUGUUUGAUGAGGAAACACUGUACUAUGUCCGGGUGUAUCAGACACUGGGGGACAUCAUAUUCUAUGAUCUGAAGGACCCAUUUGACGCUGCAGGCUACUACCACCUGGCUCUAGCUGCAGCCAUGGAUCUGGGCAACAAGAGGUCUCAGCUACAGCUUUGCACCCGCCUCGCCACCAUCUACCACAACUUCCUAGAGGACCGGGAGCUCUCUCUCUUCUUUUACCAGAAGGCUAGAGCAUUUGCUGCAGAGCUCAACGUGAGGAGGAUUAAUAUCUCACCGGAUCAGCAUUUUAGCAGCAUCUCCCAGUACAAGACCAUCGGACAAAAGGAAUGACAAGUCAAAUAUUUGCAACAUAAACUUGAGCAGAUAGCUGGAUGAAUGCUUGUUUUUGGUACAGAAAAAAAUAUGAUUUUAACAGAUCCCAAAGGAAAAUCCAUCUUUAAAACCUUAUCUGGAAGAGAUAAUGAAGAUCAGAAUGUCUAUUCUUUUUUUUUUUUUUUAAGAUAUUUUUUGCCUUUAAUGGACAGGACAGUUAAGUGUGAAAGGGGGAGAGAGAGAGGGGAUGACAUGCAGCAAAGGGCCACAGGCUGGACUCGAACCCGGGCCGCUGCGGCAACAGCCUUGUACAUUGGGCGCCUGCUCUACCACUAAGCCACCAACGCCCCCAGAAUGUCUAUUCUAAUUAUCUGUUGCAUUGUGAACCUGUAUACAUGCAACUGUAUACGUGCACACAUGCAAAAAUUCAGGAUUCAACUUUACUCAGGCUUCUGUUAAUCCUCAGGAAAUAUACAAAUAGAAUAUAAACCAGAAAGCAGUGAAACCUUUAAGUAAUUGUAUGUCAUCACCUUUAAAAAUUGGGUAGAUGUUUAAGGUCAUUUGAUUUAUUUUUUUCCAGUAUCUUUUGGUAAUUUUUUGAAAUUAAAAGAAACAUGCAGAUUUUAACUAAUCACUCCUAAAUACACGUACAUCAUCUGUGUAUAAUGGAAUUCUGUGUUUUCUGGUACUUCUUUUAAUCCCCCUUAUCUGACAGCUUGCUCUUACAGUUUCAGCUAAAUGUUCUAUGAGCAGCAAAAAAUAACAGAGAGAGGAGACCACCCUGGAUAACCAGUAUCAUAAAGCUGCUUAUCACCUUGCUUAGUUAACUUUGGGUUUUCUUCUGCAGCCACAAGCAUGUUUAUGUGAUAGAGACAGAGCUGCUAAUUACAGCUCUUAAUUAUGAGUUCAUUAGAUUAGUAUGUUAUAUAAUAUGAGAUGAAACUGUGAUACUUGUGGAAAAAUGUGAUUAAAGCACAAGGUAAACUAUAAACAACAUAAUUAACUAGAACAGAAAAAGCUGCAGAAACAAUGAUUUCCAAAUAUUAAAGUAAGGCUAAAAAUAAGUUAAUUAGUUAUGUCUUUAUUACAAAGUAUGUACUUUUGCACUUUUGUCUGAUUAUGAACAAACUGUUAUCCAUAUAUGUUAGGGAUGGGAAUCGCCGUAUUUUAUCACGAUACUUAUGUCAUGAUAUGAUAUAAUUGCAAUAUUGCAAUAUGCUGAAUACUGCAAAAAAAUAUAUUGUGAUUUAUUGUCUUUUUAUCCAGCUGUAAAUUAUUUCCCCAAAGGAAAAUUUUGUCAGUAUCAGUUUUACCCUAGAUAAAGAGAGU